GCCAUGGCUGUCACUGAAUGAAUACAGGAGAGGACAGCUUCUACUUGUUGACAUCCACAAGAGGAAGGAAUAAAGGAUGGUUUCUGUAAAUAUUGGAAAGAUCUCACUCUGGAUCCAGACGCAGCCCACCCUGAGCUCUGCCUCUCUGCACUAAGGGCCACAUACAUCGAGCACCCCUUCGCCAGUCCCCGAACCACGCAGGGAGCUUUGACUACUGGGAGGAAGUGCUGUGCAGCCAGGGCCUGAUGGGACGUUGUUACUGGGAGUUGGAGUGGAGAGGGCAGCAGCCCACCAUGGCACCAUAUCCCAGAGAACAGUGCUCACUCUAUGUGGGGAGAUUCUUAAUGGCACCAUAAUGGGAGUCAUGCGGAUCUACUCUUUGCAAGAGGAGGCUGGAAAAUCAUCCGUCCUUUAAGAAUGUCUCUGUGGGUUGGAAAGAAGCUGUGUUUGUCGACAUAUGAAGGCGAGCCUCUCGGGCAUGACAACCAUUAGCCCCGAGAGGAGGUUACACAUCAGAUCACACCACAACGGGGCUCAAUUUGUGCAGAAGCCUGACCUGAGCAACGCAUAACAUCACAACCAUGGAGCCAUUUCUUGCACUUUGACCUUCUGCAUUGAAAAUGUAAGGCAGAUUAAGUCAUGUACACACACGCAUCUUUUCUGAGGCGCAAUGAAGCGGAUCAGGGUCUUACUAUCAUCAGCGCCCCUAAAACAUCUGCGUCCUUUGUAAUGAUCAACGUGACAUUAUGGUUUAUUAUGCUCCUGCUCUGCCCUGGUCAACUGAAAGCCCAGUUCGGGACUACCCCCAACAUUAAACACAUAGUGGUUGGAAGGUGUUACAAUUACAUCACACUAGUUAACCCCAGCUUGAGGUAUGACUGUGAGGACAUCUGGAGACAGUUUGAGGAGGCGGUGGCACGUCAGUCCUCAUGUAACGUGACGGUGGAGGAUUAUCGUCAGAUGUUUUACGCGAUGCCGCAAACCUGGCCUUGUGAUAGGUUCCUCUUCUGGAGUAAAACCAGGACACUGAUGCACAGCUAUGCAGCUGUUGUACGUCACUUCUGGACUCUGGAGGACACACUGGUUGGCUACAUGUUCAACGACCUCAUCUGGUGUGGACAAGAGGAAGACUCUGGUUUUGAUUUCAGUUCUUGUCCGGAAUGGUCAGCAUGCCGAAACCAUCCAGUGUAUUCCUUGUGGAGGCAAGCCUCACAGAAUUUUGCAGAAAUGGCAUGCGGCAACAUCACUGUAUUACUAAAUGGGUCUAUUGUCAAUGCCUUCAGUAGGAAAAGCAUGUUUGGAAGUGUUGAACUGGAUGGUCUGAACCCACGCAGGGUGGAUUAUGUCAACAUAAAGGUGGUGACCAAUCUAGAGGGACCCUUUAUAGAAUCAUGUAGUGAAGGAUCCAUUGUGGACCUGCUCCAAAUCCUCCAGUCCAGAGGUUUCCGCUGGACCUGCACAGACAACGACCAGACUCUGAUGAUCCUUCAGUGUAUCCAGAACCCCAAACAGUCCUCCUGCCAAACAUGUGCAAACAGCCUGUUACACAGAAGGAGCCUCGUGUUUAACUGAAUCGCCCACUAUUGUGGUUUGUUUCUUUGCCUCACUACACCUUGAGUAAUAUCUAACUGACUUUAAACUUUUGGCUAUCUUACUAUCGUGACAGACCACAGUAAUUACCACACAGAAAUUGUGACACAGACUCACAGAUUACAAAUAGAACUGAGUUUCACUCCAUGUGUAAGGUGUAUUUGCAUCAAACAGGAUACAAGAAAACUAACCUGACAAAAAUCAACUGACAUGAACAGAGUCAUCAUUCUCUUUUAUACCGUUUACUGAUGAUGACUAAACAGUGUCAUAGCACACCCAAUAUUUCACCCAUAGUUGACAAGGAUCUUCCUGGCCAUCCUAAUUGUCUUCAAGUACUUCCUACAAAAUUCCUACAUCCCCUUAUUGUACUGUACCUACCCGUGUUAUUUCCGAGGCCUGAUUUACAUCUGCUGCGUGCUCUCCUUAGAGUUACACUGUACCAUAGUUUCUUACCUCAGUCUCAUCUCUUUUAUUUGUUUUUCACCUUACAUAACAUGUGCAUAUGAAUUUGUAUGAAUGUAUAAAUGUGAAUAAACAUAAGCAUGGAAUAUCA